UUCUGGCCGACCCACUUCUGUCGGCUCCGAGGCGGGAAGCGCCUUUUCCACAGGAUAUCAAUGCAAGCCUGAAUAAGAAGAAGAAUUUCUCCCUCCUAAGCCAUGGCAUAUCAGUUGUACAGAAAUACCACUUUGGGAAACAGUCUUCAGGAGAGCCUCGAUGAGCUUAUACAGUCUCAACAGACUACCCCCCAACUUGCCCUUCAAGUUCUACUUCAGUUUGAUAAGGCUAUAAAUUCAGCGUUGGCACAGAGGGUCAGGAACAGAGUCAAUUUCAGGGGCUCUCUAAAUACACACAGAUUCUGCGAUAAUGUGUGGACUUUUGUAUUGAAUGAUGUUGAAUUCAGAGAGGUGACAGAACUUAUUAAAGUGGAUAAAGUGGAAAAUUGUAGCCUGUGAUGGUAAAAAUACUGGCUCCAAUACUACAGAAUGAAUAGGAAAAAAAUGGCUUUUUAAUGCCAUCCUGUUAUUGUUCAUCACUUUUUGAAGAGAAGCAUAGAAGAGACUUUUUUAAAAUUUAUUCUAGCAUUGCAGAAAUGACUACACUGUGCCGUACUAUCAGAGAAUUCCAGUAGAAAGAAGCUUAUAAUUCUGUACCUUGUUACAUUACCUUGUUAUACAGCAUGAAGAAACAGAACUUUUUUUUAAUGACAAAUCAAACAUUGUGGCCUUCCUAAGACCAUUCUUUAAUAAAUUCAUUUUAAAACUCAA